AUGCAACUGUUCAAGUGCUUACUGGUGAUCGGGUGUUUAGCGACAGUGUCCUUCGCCCACAGUGCUUCCGCCACGCUGCCGAUCAGCUCGAACUCGAUCGACGACAGCAACGGACCGCAGCAGCAGCAGCAGACGCCCCGCGCCGGCUCGUACCUCGGCGAGAUCAAGUACCUGUACAAGACGUACCAGGACUGUGCCAGCGGCGAUGUUUCCACCUGCCUGAAGAUGAAGCUUUUCACCAUUCUGGACCGUGUGUCGCGCUCGACCAAGGACUUCAAGCUGAGCGAGGGUGUGCGAUUCGUGCGCGAUCAGGAAUCGGCUGCCGAUGCGGCACCGCUGAAGACUGAGGCCCAGCUGGAGGCUGAGCUGCCCCGUUCGCUCGACGAGAAGGAACGCUCGCUCAACUCGAUGCUCUUCGACAAGGUCCUGUCGUUCUUCCAGUCCCACACCCUGCAAGUCAAGUUCCCGUCCAGCGAGGAAAUCAAGCGCUCCAUGGAUGAGGUCCGCGGCGGAGGCGGUGGCUUCGGAGGCGGUGUCGGAGGCGGUGGCUUCGGAGGUGGCAAGGACAAGGACAAGAAGAACGGCCACUGGAUCAUGAUCCCGCUACUGCUCGGCAGCACGCUCGUCCCGCUCGCUUUCGGUGCCCUCGCCCUGCUCGCCGGUAAGGCCCUGAUCGUUUCCAAGCUGGCCCUCGCCCUGGCCUCGAUCAUCGGCAUCAAGAAGCUGAUCUCGAGCGGCAACGGACACCACGAGUCGGCCCAUGAAGUUGUCGUUUCCGGCGGACACGGUGGCGGUUGGGGCCGCAUCGGUUCCGGACAGGGUCUUGCCUACAACGGCUACGGACACUACGCCCAGUAA